GAUAAAGAGAGAGAGAGAGAGAGAGAGAGAGUUUGUUUAGCUGCUAAAGUGGGUGCUCAAGAUUCUCAAGCUUAAUAAAUUCCCACCUCCCCUCCAAUCCAAUUCGAAUUUGAAACUCUCCUCCUGCUUCCAUCUCUUUUCUUUGUCCACCAUGAAGAGCGAGCAAAUUUAGAGUACAGAGAGAGAGAGAGAGAGGGAGAGAGAGAGAGAGGGAGGGAGAGAAGACAUUCUCGUUUUUGCUUUUUCAAGAAAGGAGGAAGAAGAAGAAGAAGAUUAGAAUGAGCACGGCAAGAUUCAUCAAGUGUGUGACUGUUGGUGAUGGAGCUGUUGGGAAGACGUGCAUGCUCAUCUCUUACACCAGCAACACCUUCCCCACGGAUUAUGUGCCUACUGUGUUUGACAACUUCAGUGCCAAUGUGGUGGUGGAUGGAAGCACAGUUAACCUUGGGCUGUGGGAUACGGCUGGACAGGAGGAUUACAACAGGCUGAGGCCUUUGAGUUACAGAGGGGCUGAUGUCUUCCUGUUAGCAUAUUCCCUCACCAGCAAAGCCAGUUAUGAAAACAUUGCCAAGAAGUGGAUCCCCGAGCUGAGGCAUUAUGCCCCGACCGUGCCGAUUAUUCUGGUAGGGACAAAGCUGGAUUUAAGGGAAGACAAGCACUACUUGAUAAAUCACCCCGGGGCAACCCCAACCACAGCUGCACAGGGAGAGGAGCUGAAGAAGAACAUUGGUGCUGCUGCUUACAUAGAGUGCAGCUCCAAGACCCAGCAGAAUGUGAAGGCGGUCUUUGACGCAGCGAUCAAGGUGGUCCUGCAGCCUCCAAAGCCGAAGAAGAAGCUAAGAAAAGCGAGGCCAUGCAUCUUCCUAUGAGACAUCUACAUUGCCUCAUCCAGACGGCGAUUGUAUAAUUCUAGAUUAUCGACGUCCUCACCUCCUGGACAUAUUCUCAAAAGACAGCUCGAAAUAUUUUCUCAUGAUCUGUAAUUUUCUUUGCUUGCUCA